GCCCUCCCGCGCAGGCGCACGAGCGCUCGCCCAGUGGUGGACCGGUUUCCCAGCUGCUGGCGUCUGUUUGGUGGUCCAGUGGCGCUUGCCACAGCGUCUUCUGCGCGCUCCUCUUGCCUCAGAGACAGACACGACAGCCUCCGUGUGGUCCAGCUACCUAGGGACAGAUGAGUAGUGAUGUGCGUGUCCACUCCUGGCCCUGCUCCUAUUACCUGAACCUUGAGAAGCAAUGGGUUCCUGGGAAACUGACCUUGACGCCUCAGUCACUGAAGUUCAGUGCGGACAGAACUGAAGAGGUCCUGGUGGGCCUGCCUCUCUGCAGCAUCACUGAGAUCAGGAAGGAGGCUUCUCUCUUUAUCUUCAGUGCCAUCACAGUCCUGGAGAAGGGCCAGGCCAAGCACUGGUUCAGCUCACUGCGGCCCAGUCGCAAUGUGGUCUUCAACGUCAUCGAGCACUUCUGGAGGGAGCUACUCCUGUCCCAGCCAGGCACCGCGGCUAACACAGCCUCCCCCGUGACCAGGGGCCAGGAGCUGGUGGGACUGAUGGCCAGUUCCCAGAGACGCAUGGAAGACACAUCAAAGGUCCUUCAUCACCAGGGCGAGCAGCUAGACAGUGUCAUGAGGGGCCUGGAGAAGAUGGAGUCAGAUCUAGAUGUGGCUGACAGACUGCUGACAGAACUGGAGUCUCCUUCCUGGUGGCCUUUUAGCUCUAAACUUUGGAAGACACCGUCAGAAGCCAAGACCAAGGAAGGUGUCUCGGUAGCCUCUUGUGAGCCCUUUGGAAAGGAAGGGGUAGUGAUCAGAGUCCCUGCUGUUGUUUCUCAGAGAACAGAGUCUCAUUCCAAGCCAGGAAAGCUCACUGUCUUGGUUUCUGGUUUGGAAAUCCAUGACUCCAGUUCAUUGCUCCUGCACAGGUUUGAGAGGGAAGAUGUGGAUGAUAUCAAGGUUCACUCUCCUUAUGAGGUCAGCAUACGCCAGCGGUUCAUUGGGAAGCCAGACGUGGCUUAUCGGCUGAUAUCUGCCAAGAUGCCAGAGGUCAUUCCCAUUUUAGAAGUGCAGUUCAGCAAGAAGAUUGAGCUCCUGGAAGAUGCCCUAGUGCUCAGGAGCAGAGCCCGGACUUCCUCUGCAGAGGAGAGUUGCUCCAUUCGGCAUGCAGCAUCCAGACUGAUGGGCUGCACUACACACCGCGAGCUGCCCACGGGAGGCCAGGAAGGCGAGCAGCUGCAGCUGCAGAGGAACUGGCCACUACUCUCUGAGGGGGAAGCCCAGGAGCUGACACAGAUCCUGAGCAAGCUGAAGGGACUGGCGCUGGACACCGAGGCCGAGCUCGAGCGCCAGGACGAGGCUCUGGAUGGCAUCACCGUAGCUGUGGACCAGGCAACCCUGACUGUGGACAAGCAUAACCGGCGUAUGAGAAAGCUGAUGUAGUGGGGCAAGCUUCCGAACGCAUGGCUCUCCUGAGUCUGCUGUUGCUA